CCUCGUGCUUCUACUAACUUGCGAGCAGGGCAGAGCACGAGUCACAAUCUGCCCAAGGCGAGGGAGGGCACGAAAGACGCGCGAGAGGAAACCGACCGUACGAGGGGACCGAGCACAAUUAGAGAAGUGUUGUUGAACGUGGGCUAUGCGCGCAACAAGGGGGGAGCGCGGUGUACAGAGGAGUGAAUGCUUGUAGAGGCUCAGCUUCAGAUUCACAGCCUCCUUCUUGAAGAGUCACUGCACUGACAGAGGAAAGGAGCGAGGGAAGAGAGGAACUCCUAGAAAACUGCAACUCUUGGAGAGAACUACGUGAGUACAGCAUACAGUUUUCAAAACAACAAAUAGGAUAGAUAAACAAGCGGAAGAGUAGACUUUUCCUGGUCAGAAUCUGUUCUGGAAGAGAAAAUGAAUGUGAGCGAAGAGAACCUGCUUAAGUCCAUCAGCAACGACGCGCUCCUCGACCUGACGCAGCGCUACGGCCAAUCAGCCUUUGGGUUCGGUCCUGGCCACGGUGCUGGAAGUCCCGGCCGGUUCCCACUCACACCGGCCAACGACUUCCUCUCCGGGCAGACUGCGAAGUCCAACGAGAGCGGCGGGGAGCACACUAGCGACGACGAGGACGGCUUCGACUCGCUGGAGUCGCGGAAGAGAGGCUCGUCAUUUGGGGACGACAAGCCCGGGGGCCCCCUCACUAAAAAGUCCAAGGAGCAGCGGUCCCUGCGGCUCAGCAUCAACGCCCGGGAGAGGAGAAGGAUGCAUGAUCUGAACGACGCACUGGACGGCCUGCGCGCUGUUAUCCCCUACGCCCACAGCCCCUCGGUGAGAAAACUCUCCAAAAUAGCCACUCUCCUCCUGGCCAAGAACUAUAUCCUCAUGCAGGCUCAGGCUCUGGAGGAGAUGAGGCGGCUGGUGGCGUAUCUGAACCAGGGACAGACCAUAAAUUCACCAAUCCCCACCGCCCUGGCGCCCUUUGGACAGGCUGCCGUCUACCCAUUCUCGGGCUCUACACUCGCCACCUGUGCCGAAAAGUGCACUACUUAUUCCGGGACACCGUCGAGCCUCUUCAAACACUGUAACGACAAGCCUUGAUUUGGUUUUAUUCUCUUUCCUGAACUUUUACCUAUAGGCUACUGCACCCAUGCCGGUCUCUCUCCCACUCUAGUUAUUUUUUUUUUAAAUCAUUCUGUAAAAAAAAUACAAGUUUAGUCUAAUGCAUAAUCUUAAAAUAUUGUUAAGUAAUUAUACUGCAAUGUUUUAUCCAUAUUUAACAAACGCUACAUAUAAAAUAAACAGCAUUGGGCCUUCCUGUAAGAUUAAGUUUGUCGCUCGUACUUUACAGACACUACAGGCCAUGUCCAUAUUAUGAGUUUUUGGUCAAUUUUAGAAGGAUUAAGUUAUCAGCUCUUAUUUGAUCUAUGCAACAUUCAGCAACGACAACAUGAAAAGUAGAAAUGCCCAGACAUGCGACCUAAUCUCGACCUUUAGAUUUAGCAAAUAUGAAAGGACUUCCCUCGACUGACUGUACUGAUGCUAUGUGGAGGAACAAAUGUGAUGUUGGCUGAUACUAUUUUUUGAAACAAUGUGUUGACAAGUUUGUUUUUAUUUAUUUUAAGUCAUUCCACAUCUCACAUGAUUGUAUAGUAACUGUGGAAAAUCAUUUGCUCCAAGCCCGGCUAUACUAUUAUAUUACUACAGUCUAUACAUUGAAGAAGCGUUUUUGGUUGUGUUGCAACAUGGAUUUCAUAUAUUGUUUAUAUGUCUUUAUAAUUAAAACACAUAUCUUUGCUUGGACCUUGUUUUGAUUCAUUUCAACAACCCCAGCUUUUUUUCUCACAUUAAAAAAAACAUUAAAUAGCAUACACACUACAACUUUAAAUGCCAGCCACAAUUGCAUACGACAUAGGACAUACAACACAUUUAUUUUUGCUUGUUAUAUGUUAGUUAUGUUGUAGACAUUAUAUUUGGUAGUUUGAGACUCUGUA